UUAUUCGCUCUGUGCUUGUCAGUAGUGUGUGUGGCUCUUACCCCAGGAGGCUGCUUUGGGUUCUACUGCUGUGCCAUGGGGGCUGUCCGUCUGUCCUUCUACCUGUGUCUGUCUCUCAGUCUCAUCUACACCAGCCUGGCAGGAAGCGCAGGACUCCCAGACAGUGAUGAGUGUGCGGAGGGAACGGACGACUGCCACAUUGAUGCCAUCUGCCAGAACACCCCGAAAUCUUACAAAUGUAUUUGCAAACCUGGUUAUAAGGGAGAAGGAAAACAGUGUGAAGAUAUCGAGGAAUGUGACAAUGAGUACAAUGGCGGCUGCGUUCAUGAAUGUAUCAAUAUCCCUGGAAACUAUCGCUGCACGUGCUACGAUGGAUUUAUGUUGGCUCACGACGGUCACAACUGUCUGGAUGUUGACGAGUGUUUGGAUAACAACGGGGGGUGUCAGCAAAUCUGUGUUAACACCAUGGGCAGCUAUGAAUGUCAGUGUAAGGACGGAUUUUUCCUCAGUGACAACCAACAUACUUGUAUUCAUCGCUCCAACGAAGGGAUGAACUGUAUGAACAAAGACCACGGAUGUGCCCAUAUCUGCAGGGAGACCCCGAAAGUCGGAGUGGCCUGUGAAUGUCGACCGGGUUUUGAACUUGCCAAAAACCAGAGGGACUGCACAUUAACCUGCAAUUAUGGAAACGGCGGCUGUCAGCACACGUGCGAUGAUACCGAUGUGGUCCUUGUGUGUGGCUGCCACCAGAAAUAUGCCCUCCACUCCGAUGGCCGAACUUGCAUUGAGAAAGAUGAGGCUGCAAUUGAGAUUUCUGAGUACAAUGCCACGUCAGUAGCUGAUGUGGACAAACGGGUGAAACGGAGACUCCUUAUGGUGUCAUCGUCUGGUUCAGCUGAGAUGACCACCCAAACCGACAUGCACCCCCUUCACCUCUGCUAUGGACUUGCACCCAAGCACACCCAGUGCACUGAAACUUGUGCCGUCAACAACGGAGGCUGCGAUCGAACCUGCAAAGAUACGGCAACCGGAGUCCGGUGCAGCUGUCCGGUGGGAUUUACUCUGCAGCCGGAUGGGAAAACGUGCAAAGAUAUUGAUGAGUGUUUGGUGAACAAUGGAGGCUGUGACCAUUUCUGCAGGAACACGGUGGGAAGUUUCGAGUGCAGUUGCCAGAGAGGCUACAAGCUACUGACGGAUGAGCGCAGCUGCCAAGACAUUGAUGAGUGUUCCUUCGAAAGGACCUGUGACCACAUCUGCAUCAACUACCCUGGGAGCUUCGAGUGCCUGUGCCACAAGGGUUACACUCUAUACGGCAUGAGCCACUGCGGAGAUAUCAAUGAGUGCAGCAUAAAUAAUGGGAGCUGUGACUACGGAUGUGUAAAUACCUUGGGGAGUUAUGAAUGUAUCUGUCCGCCCGGGAAGAGAUUACAUUGGAAUAAGAAAGAUUGUAUUGAGAUGGUGAAAUGCCUCCCUAAUAGUAAACCUUCUCCCAGAGCUCAGCUGAUCUGCAGCAAAGCUGGAGGGAUCGACAGCUGCUUCUUAUCCUGCCCGUCCAACACACUCUUCAUGCCAGAUUCCGAAAGCAGUUACACACUGAGCUGUGGGGUUCCAGGGCAGCAGGGAAAGUCUGUUCAGAAGCGCAACGCAACAGUUGCAUCAUCGUGCGGAGAUGCUCUGGCUCCUCCCAUAACGCAAAAGGCACGAUUUAAAAUAAAAGACGCCAAGUGUCAUUUAAGGCCCAGAAGUAAAGAGAAGAUCAGAGAGUCUGGACGGCAGUCACCGACAGACAACUGCCAUGUCACAUUUGUGAACCUGAAGUGCGACUCGUCCAAAAAGAAACGCCGUGGGCGCAAUUCCCCCGCCAAAGAAGUGUCGCACAUCACUGCAGAAUUUGAGCUGGAAAUCAAGAGGGAGGAGGUGACAGAUUCCUGUAACUCAGACUGCGUACGGAGAAAAAUGGAGCAGAAGCUGCAGACCGCCAUCAAAACCCUCAGAAAGUCCAUCAACAAGCAGCAGUUUUAUAUUCAGUUUUCUGGGGCAGAAUAUGAAGUGGCGCAGAAAUCAGCGAAGGUUUCCGAAGCCCAUGAACCGUGCAGCUCCGGACAGAUUCUGCUGGAUGGGAAAUGUGUUCCUUGUCCUGCUGGUACAUUUUACAGUGGAGAAGUGAAUCAGUGUAUUCCCUGUGCUCCGGGCACAUUCCAGGAUACCAGAGGGCAACUGACAUGUGAGCCCUGCCCAAGUAAUGACGGCUCAGGUAUCACUGGAGCCCGAAAUGUGUCUGAGUGUGGAGGACAGUGUUCUCCUGGGCACUUCUCCCCCGACGGCUUCAGACCCUGCAGAUCAUGCCCCCCGGGCACCUACCAACCCGAGUCAGGCCGUACCAUGUGCUUCCCCUGCGGGGGGGGUCUGGUGACUAAAUAUGAAAGUGCCGUCUCUUUCCAAGACUGCGAAACAAAAGUUCAUUGUUCCCCGGGCCAUUACUACAAUUCCACAACACACAGGUGUAUCCGGUGUCCCAUUGGAACGUACCAACCUGAGUUUGGCCUGAAUUUUUGUAUAACGUGCCCGGGCAAUACCAGCACAGAUUUCGAUGGUUCCACAAAUGUGACACAUUGCAAGAACCAGCACUGUGGAGGGGAAUUAGGAGACUACACGGGAUACAUUGAGUCGCCCAACUACCCCGGAGAUUACCCGGCCCACGUCGAGUGCAUCUGGAACAUAAACCCGCCGCCGAAGAGAAGGAUUCUUAUAGUUGUCCCUGAGAUAUUUCUUCCCAUCGAAGAUGAGUGCGGAGACGUCUUAGUGAUGAGGAAAAGUGCUUCCCCGGCCUCUAUAACGACAUAUGAGACUUGUCAGACCUACGAGCGACCCAUUGCCUUCACCUCUCGCUCACGGAAACUCUGGAUCCAGUUUAAAUCCAACGAGGGAAACAGCGGCAAAGGAUUCCAAGUUCCCUACGUCACGUAUGAUGAGGACUAUCAGCAGUUAAUAGAAGACAUCGUUCGUGACGGGAGAUUAUAUGCUUCUGAGAACCAUCAAGAAAUAUUAAAAGACAAGAAGCUGAUCAAGGCCCUAUUCGAUGUAUUAGCGCACCCCCAGAACUAUUUCAAGUACACAGCACAGGAAUCGAAGGAGAUGUUUCCGAGGUCAUUUAUUAAACUGCUGAAGUCAAAAGUCUCCAGGUUUUUACGGCCUUACAAAUAACUUUAUUCUAUUUGCCCCUCCCACGUCCCUCCCUUUUUUUUUUCCCCCCUUUCAUGGUCGACUUAUUUUUCCUCAAAGUAGUAAAAAAAAAGAAAAAAAAAAUCUGUCCUAACGGCAAUUAUCCUGCACAUUGGAAGAAUACGGACAUGGAUUCAGACAGACAUCUGCACAAAAACGGACUUCAGGAUGGAAGUGACCAACUGCAACAUCCACAUCGACCUCCAAAGCUGCAGGACAUUCACAUCGUAUUUCGCUGGAAUCCAGGACAGAGGGGCGGGAUCUGUUCUGAGUAACUUCACCCAAUCAUUGGCUUCUGUCUGCUUUCUCUCACGUCAUUGGCUCAUCCUUGGACUAUACAUGUGUAGUUGUGCCUGUUUAGGCUUAGAAGAUUCCCAAAGCUGCUGCACUUGCCGUCGGAUUCUAAAGCUGAACUGGGGUGCACAGAUGCAGCCGGAAGAGGGGUGCCAGUCUGAGCCGUUUGGGUGAAUCUCUAUUGCUGCCCCAAAUAAAUGAAAGAUUUGUGCCGGAAGCAACGAUUGGACGACUCAAAUUGCUUCCGAGUCUCUGGAAUUGACCCAAAUACAACACAUAUAUAUUAAUAGGUUACCCACAGAUAUAAGAAUGGAACAUUCCUGAUCCUGCUCAUUCUGCAAAUAUAUGGGGGGAGGGGAGAAGUGCUGCUGCUGUGGAUUUGGGGAACAGGCGUCUCCACUGACUUCACGUUCCCUUCCAAACCCAACAAAGAUAUUCUGUGCCCCCACCACUAAACAUCACGGGAUUUAUCAGACUAUUGCUGGGCACAGGGGCACCUUGGCAGCAUCCCCCCCCUCCUUUGUAUUUGGUUUCUCCCGUUCUACACAAAGGUGAAUCUGCCUUUCACUGGCCUCGCAACUGCCACAUUCCCACACGACGGAUUACAAAUACAUAAAACUUUCUCCACUGGCCAAAAAAAAAACAUUUUAUUUUAUUUUUCCGUUUUUUUAAUUGGGCUACAGAAACUACCUGCGAGCAAAGUACGACGUAGUAUAAAGUUAAAUUGCACUUGAAUUUUCUAUGUAAUGUUGGGGAGGAGGAAAUAUAUAUAUUAUUUUUUUUU